AUGGGCAACACGGCGUCGUCCCAUGCAAACCAGUCCCGACCCUCGCCGGUGUCCGCCAGACGCAUCGAAUCAUCCGCAGGCAGACACUCGCCAUCUCCUAACCCUCACCAGCCACACCGUUCUCUGCGAACCAAGAAAAAAUCCCUCGAGUUGCCAGAUCUCGCACUUCUCACGUUGACGUCCGCACCGUCGGGCAACGCUUCCCCCUUAUCGCAGCACCGUCGCGUCCCGAGGGCAACUUCUCCGAUCCCGAUCCCAAUCCCCGUAUCUAACAAUGGCACCAUGAACAAUGCUGACAACACUGGCACUUCUCCCCGCGGACGACAGCCCCAUGUUAGACCCAACAUCCCCAGAGACUUGGAUUCGGCAAACUGCUCCGCCGAACUGCUUUUUGAUCAACCCCCUUCGACCCAUAUCCCCAUCAAUCAUUACCAUCGCCGUCCACGCGAUGGUGCUUACUUCCGCGGCGCCCACCUUCGAUACAACUCAACCCAUUCAUUCGCUUCCCGCGGUCAAUCCACAGCUCAUCAACCUCGCAUGCAGGAGCUAUACGUAGAGAGCCAGGUGCCAGUGUCACCCCAACCAGAGCAGCUGGAGGAAUUUGUCCAGGAGACUGUUCACUCUACGCUCCCCCUCGUUUUGCCAAAGGCAGAAGAAGAAAUAUUGGCCACAAACGCGGACAAUCUAGACGAAAAUGGACAACCCAUUCAUAGCCGUCCCACUCGUCCCCCCGACGAAUCAAAAGAACCCGUCAGUGUCAAGAUCACUUGGCGCGGUGGUGGGAGAUCGGUCGCCCUUGCACGCGCAGGUGACAACAAUUGGAAAGGCAGACAACUCAUGGAACCCGACGACCCGCCGGCAGAUACUAUGUGGUCAACAUGGGUAUCCCUCAUGCCUGGCACUCAUCACAUCCGCUUCAUUGUUGAUGACCACUGGCGCAUUUCCGACGACCUUCCAACUGCUGUAGACGACGAAGGCAGUCUUGCCAAUUAUGUUCCCGUUUCUAUCCCACAUACACCCCCUCAGACCGCUGCACUUCCUGCUACCCCCGCGAAGCAAGUAGUCAGUCACCAUGUCCAUUCGUUCUGGUCAAGCACGUCAACGCACGACUCAGCCACUGAUGCUCCGUCGACGUCGGAUAUAGAUGUUUCUAAACAUAAAUGGACAGACGAGAUCCCUCCAGAACUUGUCGCAGCUGCGCGCGAGGAGGAGGCCUACCUUGCAUAUACUUCCGCUUUAGAAUAUGAUCAGAAUCCUGAUGGGAACCUAACACCCGUUCCUGCUCCAAAUAUUCCACCCGCUCCGGCCCUCCCAAGGCAUCUAGAUAAGCUAAUCUUGAACACAAAAGCCGGACAGCCCCCGGUAACGAGGGGACGUGAUCGAGAACGUGAGAGGGAGCGUGAGAAGGAAAGGGAACGAGAGCACAGGCGGAGGCAGGGAAGAUCAUUGCUUGGUAUGACAAGCACCCUCGCACGAGACCUCCACAAAGAGGGCAAGGAGAGUGAAAAUCCUCCGAUUCCCAUCACUACGGCAAGUGGAACGGAUGUCACCUCAGCUCACCUGUCUUCCCCGUCCCAGCAUACGCGACUGGGAUUGGAUGGUCCUGGCAUGACCGAUGACGCCAGCGUGCUCCCCGUCCCCUCUCAUGUUGUUCUGCAUCAUUUGAGCACCAGCGCGAUACGCAAUGGAGUGCUUGCGGUAGGAAACACUACCCGCUACCGCCAGAAGGUUGUCUUGCUUCCGUUGACGUCACGAUUUCUUAUUGACAUAUUUCCAAUCACAGUAUCUCACGACGAUCUACUAUAA